AUGCAAAAUAUAACAUCGAACAUAUCACUUGACAAUAAAUUUUGGGACGAUCCCAAUGAUGUGGCGAACGCAACCUCUUCUGUGGACACUGUACCGGUUGCAGACCAGGGUUUCGUUGUGGGUAUAUACAGCGCGUUGUUUGUAGUGGGUGCAGUUGGAAAUGCAUGUGUGUUUGUGGCUUUAGUGCGCUCACGAAGGCGAAAAUCAAGGGUCAAUCUUUUAAUGACCCAUCUAGUGGUCGCGGACCUGAUAGUGAUCUUCAUUGUCAUUCCACUUGAGAUUGGAUGGCGAACGACAAACGCAUGGUUGGCUGGGAACAUGGCUUGUAAAGUUUUUUUAGUUCUACGAGCCUUCGGACUUUAUCUAUCAUCAAAUGUUUUAGUCUGCAUAUCAUUAGACAGAUUCUUCGCGGUACUUUAUCCUCUACGCUUGGCGGUAGCAAGAAACAGGAGCAAAACUAUGCUGUUAUUUGCAUGGCUCGUCGCGUUCCUAUGUAGCUUACCACAGAGUCUAGUUUUCCGUGUCCUCCACCACCCAACGGUCCCGGAUUUCCAACAGUGCGUCUCCUUCGAAGCAUUUUCGACUCAACACCAGGAAUUGGCUUACAACGUGACGUGUUUGAUUGCGAUGUACUUCUUGCCUCUGAUCGUCAUCACUGUGUGUUACGCUUGCAUAUUUUGGGAAAUCCAUACCAACUCUAAGGAAAUAUCAGUUAAAUCAUUGUCAACUGAAAGUGGUCGGAUACAACUACGGCGGUCCGACCAGCGUCCUUUAGCCCGUGCCAGACGCCGCACCCUUCGAAUGACCGUCACAAUAGUCAGUGUUUUUGCUUGCUGCUGGCUUCCUUAUGCUACCAUGACGUUAUGGUAUAUGUUCGAUCGCAAAUCCGCUGUACACGUGUCAGCUAAGGUCCAAGAUCUAUUUUUCAUCAUGGCUGUUUCAAAUUCCUGCAUGGAUCCGCUGGUCUACGGCUCCUUUACAUUGGAUAUGAACAUAAUUAAUCAGAAGUUUAGGAAGUACUUUAAGAGACACCGUAACACCUGCGAGGCUAACCAUAUAUCGACCCUUGAGAACUAUGGCAGCAAAAUGACCACAGGAACAACACGGCCGAUUAAUACAUAUUCAAAAUAUCAGCGUCACUACACCGUAGCCAUUCAAGAGAGUUCGUUGAUUGUGCCUAGUUUCCAUUCAGAUCCCGUUCGAAGUUGGAACGGGAAACCUAAGGAGUUAGAGACGCAGAAAGUUUGUGAAGUGUUUACAUUACAAUCUAAAAUAGAUGUGCUCGAGAGGUGUGUUACAAGUGAAAAGUAA